AUGACGUGGCUUCUACUACUGUGUCUGCUCCUUUUCGUCGGAGGUCAGAGGUCGUCAGCGUGCCCUGACGCCUGCUCCUGUGUAGGCAGUCAGGUGGACUGCAGCAGCAGGUCACUCAACUCCGCCUCCAUGCCCACCAGAUUCCCUGCAGAAACCACCCACAUCUUUCUUCAUAACAACCUGCUGACCACCUUCCCCAAUGGGCUCCUGGAUAACCUGACCUCCCUUCGCCACGUCUCCCUUCAUGGUAACCCCUGGGUGUGUGACUGUGGCAUCUUCUACCUGCGGUCCUGGCUGAGACGUCAAUCCCUCCACACUCCACCCCACCUGGGGGUCAACUGCAGCUCCCCUGCCAGCCUGAGAGGUCGGCUGGUGGUGUAUCUGACAGAAGAGGAGGUGCUGGACUCCUGCCAGUACUGGUACUGUGACCUGGCCCUGGCCUCAGUGCUGUCUCUGUUUGUGUUUGUGGGGUUCCAGAUGGGUCUUCUGGUAGCUGUCAUCAUUUUCUUGAAGAAGUUUGAGCGACUCUCCAAAGAGGCAAAACGGACCAUGGAGGAGAGCUUCACAGCUGGGGACAACACCAGGGAGAACGAUUACGAGCGUUUAAAGGACAGCAGCAUCUGA